CCGAGAGGCGUUCUGCCGGUCGGGUGGCCGUUGGGCUCCUUGGGAGCUCGUGCACAAACAUUAGCGCUCCGCUCCUUGCGGCUGUGAGAACACCGCGUCCGUCCUGCUGCUGCCGGUGUAGAACACAAGCAGUAGCACCGAAUGACAUCACUGCUUCGCGCUGGAAAACACAAAAGAGUCUGGGUGACGCUGCGAAGGAUGCUGAAAAUGGGACAGAAACCGGCAGCGGAGAGCAGCACGCCGCCUUUUCCUUUUUCACGUCUUGGACCGCAACUGCGCUAGCUUUAAACAAGAACACAUCGAUGUAUCUUUUAAUGACGCCAAAAAGCCGAGUUUUGCGGAUCUCAGGUGGCCAAACGGACAAAGAAUGUACUGGGGUGUUGGCUUUGCCUCUUCCCGAUCUUGUGUGGUGGAUCUGAGCAGGAAUCAGAGCUUCUCCUUCGGGCUGUGCAGUGGCUCGGAUGAGCACUAUUCCUUUUACGGCUACAUCGUCACUUUCCCUUUGCAAGACUGCAGCAGCAUCAUGUCUGGCCUCGGGUCGGAUUCAUGGUGGAAGAAGACCUUGUAUCUAACGGGAGGAGCGCUGCUGGCUGCGGCUGCCUACCUUCUGCAUGAGCUGCUAGCGGUCAGAAAGGAGCAAGAGGUGGACUCACAAGAUGCAAUUAUUCUUCACCAGUUCUCAAGGCCGAAAAAUGGAGUUCCCAGCUUGUCACCAUUUUGUCUGAAGAUGGAAACGUAUUUAAGAAUGGUGGAUUUACCUUACCAGAAUUAUUUUGAUGGAAAACUUUCUCCUCAAGGAAAGAUGCCUUGGAUUGAAUACAAUCAUGAAAAAGUAUCAGGCACUGAAUUCAUUAUUGAUUUUUUAGAAGAGAAACUUGGAGUUAACUUAAAUAAGAACCUCAAUGCUCAUGAAAAAGCAGUGUGUAGAGCUGUUACUAAAAUGGUAGAGGAACACUUCUAUUGGACCAUUGCCUACUGCCAAUGGGUUGACAAUCUGCAUGAGACACAGAAGAUGCUGUCCUUGACCGGCCCUCUUAGUGAUGUUUUGAAGUGGAUUCUCAGUCACCUCACCAGAGGCAUUGUGAAAAGAGAAAUGUAUGGUCAUGGAAUAGGACGUUUUUCCCAGGAUGAAAUCUAUGCACUGAUGGAAAAAGAUAUGCGAACUCUAGCAACUCUGUUAGGAGACAAAAAGUAUAUAAUGGGACCAAAGCUAUCCAGUGUAGAUGCCACUGUAUUUGGGCACCUAGCUCAGGCUAUGUGGACUCUGCCUGGGACAAGGCCAGAGCAGCUCAUUAAAGGUGAGCUGAUUAAUCUUGCUAUGUACUGUGAGAGAAUAAGACGGAAAUUCUGGCCUGAAUGGUGUGAAGAUUUUGAUGACCUCAUGUUUGAGUACGAUGAAACAAGUGAAGACAGCCUGACACCAACACAACUACAUCAGUACGGUUUGUAUUCUCGAACAGAGACAUUUGAAGAAGAAGUAACUGAAAAUAGUUUUUCCUGUUCGCAGACACCUGAUACAGACUACACUGGCCAUUCACUCUUUGACUCUGAUGUAGAAAUGGAAGAGUUUACAGAUCAUGAGCAAUGCAAAUGCUGACUGAAAAAUAAUAAAAUAAACUUCACUACAGUAAAUCAAUUUGUUAAUGCUCCUUCAUCUACAAUUCAGAAGGUAUGUUUUCCAAAUGUUGGUGCUCACUCUCUGAAGAUGUGAAAUUGGAUCAUUAUUGUAAAUGGAUGUUUUUCUCUUAUUCAAAGAAAUGUAAAGGUAUAACAAAGAAAUCAAGGUAAAAAGUAGCCAGUGCAAUCCUUCCAUUUUACCUCCUAAAUUCAGUUAGCUCCAUUUUUAUAUAUUGUGUGCACAAUCAGGUUCAAUUAUGCUUUAUACAGGACCAAUUUCAUCAAUCUGGUAUGGGGAUGGUGGUAGAGGAGAUCCUGUGUUGUUAAAAAAUAUCUUUUUGACCUUCUUUUUUUUUGCCUUCAUGACAGUGCUGCCAAAUGUGCUUGAUUCAGCAUUCCUUACACAAUCCUCUGAAAUUCGUAAGUAAUGUAAAGGUUUUUGGGAGAAACCUGUGGUGCAACUAGAGUAUUGUAUGUACUUCCGAAUAUGACUUCAAGUGAUUCUUAUGAAAAAGAAGCAAACUCUUUUUGGCUAUGUACUUAAAGAUGUGUGUGUGUGUGAAACCUUUAAUUAUUUAAUAGCCAAUAUUUUUCAGAGACAAGUCUGUAUCUCCAUUAUAUAAAACUUGAGGAUGGAAUUAGUGAAAUUUUAGAAACCGAAAAUAAAGCAAAAAUAAUAAAGGAAGCAUCUAAGCAGCCCUUCCUUUGUAUAUUACAAUAUGUAGGCCAUAUUUCUAUGUAAGUGAUUGGUUACUUACAGAUCAGUUGAUAUGUUUUAAGACUAGAAAGUCAUCUAGAAGUGAAAAAAGCAUGGACACCAAGUGUGGGAAAUUAAUACUGAAGGAAAAUGCUGUUAUUGAUUUAAGGUACAUUUUUGACUGCAAAUUGCUUCAUAUUAAUUGGCAAUAACCUGACAUAUAUGAAUUGAAAUUCGUGUGUAUCUUCAGAUGUUGUCAGAACUACGUUAGCUCAGGUAGCCUCUCUUGCAUACAGGACAUGGCUUUUAAUCAGCAAAGAAUAAUUUAAGUAAUAUAAGCAUUGCCGGCAGUAAG